UGUGUACAGCCACCGGAGCAAUCAUACCCUUGUUACCUAAAUUUGGGGUACACAGGGUUAGUAUCCUAUAUAGGCGCUCCCACUUCCAGCCAGGGAGGGAACGACUUAACAUCGAGUCGACCGUCAUACUGCCAUAUAAACUGGUGGCCAUGUCAGGCUCCGCUAUAAAUGCCGAGAGUUCGGGCGCGAACAAUGUACCCGCCACCGAGGAACGCCCGACCGCGAGGGUGGUGUUAACUUCUGGAGAUGACCACGAUGCCGGUGAUCGGGACGAUGACGAAGCGGGUGAUGCAGUAGCGGACGCUGACGACGCUGAUGACGAGAACUUUCUGGAGAAUUACCCCGAUGAAACGACUGAAUUGGAUCUAUGGGACAUGCGGAUCACUUCACUAGCCCCUCUGAGGCUUCAACGCUUCGCCGGCCACCUCACUCGAUUGGUCCUGCGGAAAAACCUGAUACAAGAGCUCGAUCAAGAAAUCUUUCAACCCUUGACCAAGUUAGAACACUUGGACCUCUACGAUAACAAGAUUAAGCAUGUCGGAGAUGCGCUGAACAACCUGAUUUCACUAGAGCACUUGGACCUUUCCUUUAACGUCCUGCGGGAAAUUCCAGAAACGCUGUCCCGUUUGACGGCGUUACAAAUAGUGUUCUUUGUGCAAAACCGGAUAUCGCAUAUCACUGGGUUGCAAGGUCUCGGUGCAACCCUCACCUCCCUCGAGUUGGGAGCAAACCGUAUCAGGCGGAUAGAGGGCUUGGACGCACUUGUCAACCUGAAAGAACUCUGGCUGGGAAAGAACAAGAUCACCCGGAUCGAGAAUUUGGACAACUUGAAGCAGUUGACAAUUUUGUCGCUCCAAUCGAACCGGAUAACCAAGAUUGAGAAUUUGGAGAAGUUAGAAAACCUCGAGCAGCUGCUUCUCAGCCACAAUGGUAUAGAGAGGUUGGAGGGACUUGAACGGAAUACGAAACUCAAGAUGUUAGAUGUGGGUUCGAACUUCAUUUCAGCCAUUGAGAACGUCUCCCAUCUUACGUCGUUGGAGGACCUUUGGCUGGGAGGGAACAAGAUCCCAGAUCUACAUGCGCUUGAACCCCAGCUCAGACACAUUUCCGCACUUGAAACAAUAUAUCUUGAAGCAAACCCUUGUCAAAGCACUGAGGGCGCGAACUAUAUGAGAAAGAUAAGGUUAGCUCUCCCACAUCUUACUCAGAUCGAUGCAACAUAUCUGUAGGCUGUAGUUGUGACCAUUGUGCAUCGUGACAUAUGUAGACUGCUUGACUACCUGCUUUUAUCGGACUAUGCACAUGCAUUUCAAAAUUUGAAUGGGUGUCCGUCUCUAGUUGGUAUGCCCCUAGACGAUUUGGUCA